UGAUGACGAUAGAUACAAUUUGCAUAGAAACAAGAAUGAUACAUUCGAGAGAAGCAACGACACAACUAUGAAAAUGGACUUAGUAAUGUGCGCGAGUACAGGAGUCCAAAAAGAAAUGAAACAGACCUCACUUCUCGUGGGAGAAUGGAGGAUACUGAUGAUAAGUUAAAGCUGAAUAGCAGCAGUGAAGGUGAAGUGACUGAUAAAGAUAUCCCAAAGACUAGUUCUUCGGAUGGAAGUGUUUCCGAGGAUGGUAUAGAGAACAGGAAGCCCUCUUACUACAGGUUUGUUCCUCCUCCCUAUGUAAGGCCAUCACAGGGCAAAGGAGAUGGCAUCACGGAGGAGCCUAUGGCACCGAGUGAUAAUAUUAAUAAGGUGAAAAACAAUAAAUGGGAUGAUUCCCUUGGAGAAAGUAAGCCAGAACCAAUAUCAGUUAGGAGAAGACCUUAGAAACCAAGAUCGGCAUGGAAAGGUUUAAGAGGUUUUGGAAAUGGAGCUCUAAGUAUUAGUUUGACAUCCAAACAAACAGAAGAAGACUAUAAGAGGGAUGAAGAAGAGAAGAAAAUGGAUGAGCUUUUGAUGCAUUACAGCAAGAAGAAAUCACCUUACGAAUGGUUGAGCAAAUGGAAGACAGCACUCCGAGCACCUCCUCCCGGAAGACAAGAAUCUGACAACACAAGUAAAGGUUUAGCACUUCCUCCCGGGACACAAGAAUCCAAUAACACAACUAAAGGUCUAG